CAACCAUGUCCUACUUCUUCUCCACCCCCGUCGACAUUGACAUUGUGCUCGAGGACCUCGACGACCGCUCCGCCGUUGACGUCAAGCUCGACAAGAACCGCAAAGAGAAGGUGCCGCUGUAUCUCGAUGGCGAGUCGGUGAAAGGCCAGGUCACGGUGCGGCCGAAAGACGGCAAGCGCCUGGAGCACACUGGAAUCAAAGUGCAGUUCAUCGGCACCAUUGAGAUGUUCUUCGACCGCGGCAACCACCACGAAUUCCUCUCCCUCGGCCAGGAACUCGCAGCACCCGGCGAGCUGCAGCAUCCCCAGACAUUCGAGUUCAACUUCAAGAACGUCGAGAAGCAGUACGAGUCCUACAAUGGCAUCAACGUCAAGCUGCGGUACUUUGUACGCGUCACUGUCUCACGGAGGAUGGCCGACGUCGUUCGCGAGAAAGACCUCUGGGUCUACUCGUACAGGAUACCGCCCGAGACCAACAGCAGCAUCAAGAUGGAUGUCGGCAUCGAGGACUGCUUGCACAUCGAGUUUGAGUACUCCAAGUCGAAAUACCACUUGAAGGACGUCAUAGUUGGCAGGAUAUACUUCCUUCUCGUGCGGUUAAAGAUCAAGCACAUGGAGCUCUCCAUCAUCCGGAGAGAGACGACAGGCGCCGCACCCAACCAAUACAACGAGAGUGAGACGCUGGUGCGCUUUGAGAUUAUGGACGGGUCGCCAUCGCGAGGAGAGACAAUUCCUAUCCGGCUGUUCCUUGGCGGCUUCGACCUGACACCCACCUUCCGUGAAGUUAACAAGAAGUACUCCACGAGAUACUACUUGAGCUUAGUGCUCAUCGACGAAGACGCUCGACGGUAUUUCAAGCAAUCUGAGAUUGUACUGUUCCGACAAGCACCCGAAGGCCUGACUCUGGCGCAAGAGCAGAACAAGUUGAUGGCAGUCUCCUAGAUUUUGAAGCACUAUGAGUGCUAUAAGGGUCCAGAGUCGCCACUGAGCAGAGACAUGACACAUUAGCGCAGACCAUGAGCGUCUAGCUUUCAUCCAAUCCAGAGAAGCAGACAUAAGAGCUCACAGUACAGGGUCUCUCAGGCCCCGUUUCUCCGGCACACCAGGGUUGAGCAAGAUGCGCAUAGAUAUACCAGAACAGCGAAUCUAUAACAAGUAUUCAGCCAGACCACGGCUUCAGCAAACGAGGCAAUUCUUCCCGGCUGUUCCCC